GGUGUCUUGGUGCUGCUGCUGCUGGUGUUGUGGGUGCAAUGGAUGGCCCACGGUGCAAUGGCUUUCGCAAGAAGAGAAGAUCUAAAUCCCAAAGGGAUCGAGAUAUGAGAUCCAAAAGUGGAUUAGGGGUUGCCAGGACCGGUUCUUUGCUUUCCUCCUCUGGAUCUGAAAAAGAAGACAAUGAGAACCCAACCGGCUCCUCCUUUCCCAGACCCAAACCACCCAGGAGAAAGAGGAAAGAGUCCUCUUCAGCUGAAGAAGACAUCAUUGAUGGAUUUGCAAUGACCAGCUUUGUGACUUUUGAGGCUUUGGAGAAGGAAGGGGCCUUGAUGCCAGAAGAAACAGAUGAAAAGCAGCAGACACCACUAACAAAAAAGAAACGGGAAAUUUUAAGCAAUGGACUCCCUUAUAAAUCCCAGAAGAACAACAAAUUAAGUCCUAACUACGGCUCAGACAGGGAAAAUGACCGCAGUUUGUGCCAGCAGUUUGGAAAGAAGACAUUUCAGAAGAGAUAUAAACAGCUCAAAGCAAGACAGAACAAUUGCAGAGACAGCGACAUUGAGAGCCCUAUGAAGGAAACAAAGCCUUCUAAGCGAAAUGCUUCUCGGGAGAGACUUAGUGAUGUAAGUAUACCAGAAAUAAAAAACAAAUUAAUCUAUGUGUUUGUGUGUUUGCUCUAGUUUGGCUUUCCUUUAUAC